AUGAACAAUUUUUGUAAAAUUCAUAGAAAAGAAUAAAUUAAAUUUUAUUGCACUGAUGACUUCUGCAUAGAAGAACAAAGAGUCAUGUGUGAUAAGUGCUAAAAAGAGAAAUUUCAUAAAACUCAUAAGAUAACAAACAUAGAAAAUAUUUAAGAAAUACUUUUUGAAAAUCAUUCAAAUAUUAAUAUCUUAAAGUAGGAAGGUUUAAGCUAAAUAGAAGAACUAUGCAGUAAAAAAAUAAAAAAAUAUUUAGAAAUUAUAGAGCAAACAUUGAUAAAAUGGUAAAAAUAAAAAAUAUAAAGCUCAAGAAAUCAAAUCAUUAAAAAGUUUUAGUUUAGCAAGUAAAUUUUAAAAAAGAUACAACCUUGUAAAGUAAAGAAAUAACAUAAAUUAAAUUAAGAAAGCUCUUUUGAAUAAUAUAAUGGUGAAGAAGAGGAAGAAAAAAAAUGUAGUGGUAAAGAUAUGUAUGACUAUUUUGAAGAUGUAGAUAGUGAUGAUGACAGGAGUGAAAGUGAUAGCGAUAGUAUAAGUGAUGAAGAUGAUAUGGAUUAAGUAAAUAAUAAUGAAGUAAAGUAUUUGUAGUUUUCAUCAGAAUAGAAUUAGUUUAUUAUGCAAGCUGUGAGAGAUAAGAAAUAAAAAAUUUCAUAAAAGGAUUAAAUAGAAGCAAUUUUAAGUUAAAAAUUUUCAGACAUAGAAGUUUAAAUAUAAAAGCUUUAAAAGUUCAUAAGUAAUAAAUAUUCUUUUAGUAUUAAAGAAUUUAAAGGGGCUCUUAGAGACUAAUGGAAUUUCGAAUAUGUUUGCGAUUGCCCUUCUAUCCUUCAAUUUAAUGAUGAAUAAAUGUUGGUGAUCGCUGCAGAAAAUAACAUUCUGCUGUAAAAUCUUAACGAAUAAGUUACUGAAGAAAUUGCUGAAGCUCAUGAGCUGAGUAUAGUAGCUCUAGAAAAAAUUAAUGAAAAUAUGUUUGUUAGUGGUAGUUAUGAUGGAAUGAUUAAAUCUUGGUGUCCAAGAACUGGUUAACGUUUACCCUAUAGAAAUUCAUUCCAUAUUUCAGGAGUAUCCUGCUUAAAAAAGCUUGAUAAAUUCCACUUGAUAUCUGGAGAUGGAAUAGGUAACGUAGUCAUAAGUGAUGUCAAAAAUAGCAAAAUAAUUAGAAUUAUGAGAAAUCCAUAUACUUCAGAUAUGUCUUUGCUGUGUUGCAUUGAGGUCAUGAAACCCUAAAGGUUAAUUAUAACUGGAAGCAAGAAAGGAAUAAUUGAUUUUUGGGAUUACUCAAAAGGAGAAAUUAUAAGAUAAAUUAAGAUGCAUUAAGCGAUAAGUAAUUUCUUUAUGCCCACUUCCUUCUUAUUAAUGGUUGGUUAAGUAGAUGGGUAAAUUACUUGUUGGGACUGUAGGACAGGGAUAAAGGUAAAAUCUUAUGAAUAAGAUAGUAAUUUAGGAGUAAUAAAAAGAUUGGGACCUGAUACAUUUGUUGCUUCUUACCAAAAUAAGAAAAUCAAAUUUUUCAAUUUUAUGUAAUAAAAACCUUUCAAAUAAAUUGAACAUGAUGAAGAAAUAAUAGGUAUUUUGCCACUGUAUAAAAAUAAUCAAUUGGCAACUAUAGAUGCGUGUAAUGAGCUUGCUUUAUGGUGUUGA